AUGAGCACCAAGAAACAGAAACCUUCGAUUAAGUCUUUAAGACGGUCGAGUCCCAAUCUGCAGCGGGAAACAGCGCAGUAUAUCUUGUCGUUAUUGAAUAAAAAUAACGAGCCAAAAAGUGUUGAAGUGCUAGAAAAAUAUCUAUCGCCGGUAACAUCAAUAACAGUUGGAGAGACAAUUGAUUUUGAAGUGAUUUUGAACGAGCUUAAUAGGCUUGACUCCGAUGGAAAUAGGCGAAACGAGUACUCGGUGCUAAUGCCAGACGAAGUUAUAAAUGUCAAAUACAAUGGAAAAGAUUUAAUGAUAUUAUCGAACGGUACGAUAGUUGGAUGGGGGUUGAGCGAAUCUGUGAUAAUGAAGCAAAUCUUGCCUACUAUGCUUCCAGCUAUAUGUGACAAAUGUGAGCCUGAGAGUGAAGAAAUCGACUGGGUGGAACUCGAUUAUCUUCCUGAUAACUCGCCUAAUAAUGGCAAUUCGUAUAUGCAAGGAGACAUCAUGGUAAUACAAGGCACUAAUAAAGACAAAAUUUUGUUGGAUAAAGCUGCGUUUGCUAUAGGAUUGUCUCGGUCUACACGGUUAUCUGUGUUGGAAAAUGCAUUAGAAGAUCACAUUCAGUUAACUAGAGUCAACUCAGAAUAUUUGUCCGAGGGAAAACAGAUAAAAACUACAGAAUCGGAUGUUUUAAAAUUGACGGGGAGGUUAUUUUUAUUGAGAGGUAAAUUAAACUUAUAUUCAGAGUUGAUUGAAACGCCAGAUUUAUAUUGGACAGAACCUACAUUAGAGAGAAUUUACGAGUUGAUUUCACGUAAUCUAGAUAUCUCUCCCAGAAUUUCCAUUUUAAACAGGAAGUUAGAUUAUGCUACAGAAGAGCAGAGUGCUCUAUUAGCUGUUUUAAAUGAGAAGAAGAGUACCCGGUUGGAGUGGAUAAUCAUUAUUCUUAUUAUGGUCGAAGUUGGAUUUGAAACCUUCCACUUUUACGAAAGAUACUUGGAUAAACUUAAUGACAACGAUAAUGAUAAAUCUAAUUAA